CAGAGAAUUUUAAUUGAAACUCUUAAAACACAAACACGAAAGUAAGACAGAUAGAAACAGAAAGAAAGAAAGAAAGAACGAAAGAAAGUAAGAAAGACAGAGCAGGAGUGGAGCUCCCAGCUGUGAGUGGUUCUUUCGCUCCUGCAUGAAUCAGUUGUUCCUGGCAGGAGCGCUGUUGAGUGGUAGAGCAAGCAUCAAUACUGGCUGAGUCUUGCAUCAGACAGGAACCACGCGCCCUCGAGACGGACGUGCUGCUACAUGUUCUCUACUCGUACUGUGAUAUCAUUUUCAGACUUUUCCUUGCUUAGAGGAACGGGUUCCCUGGCAGAUCAUCUCUGUUCAAUCACUACACCAUGGAGCUCGAAAAGUUGGAGAACGGCCACUGCGAGAAAAGAGGCGAAGAGGAUGGGUUUGAUGCCCUGGAGAACAUGCCUGAGAGAGAAGAGUUCAUACCCAAAAAGACAGAUGGGAAGAAAGCUGAGUUUACGGAUUUUGUGGGGAAGACAUCAUUUGGGAUGUCCAUCUUCAAUCUCAGUAACGCCAUCAUGGGCAGCGGCAUUCUAGGUCUAGCGUAUGCCAUGGCCAACACUGGCAUCGUCCUCUUUGGAAUUCUGAUCGUCCUUAUUGCUAUUUUGUCUGCGUACUCCAUCCAUCUGCUGCUGAAGUGUGCUGGAGUGGUCGGGAUUCGUGCCUAUGAGCAGUUGGGUUUUCGUGCAUUUGGAUCAGCAGGCAAAAUCAUAGCAGCCUGCGUUAUAACUAUUCACAACAUUGGAGCCAUGUCCAGCUACCUCUUUAUUGUAAAGACGGAGUUGCCGGCUGUUAUUUUAGGCCUGUUGAACAAAGAUCUAGACUCAGAGUGGUAUGUGAAUGGAAGCUAUCUCAUCAUCAUCGUCAGUGUCUGUAUAAUCUUACCGCUUGCCCUCAUGCGCCAUCUUGGGUAUCUUGGCUACACCAGUGGUUUCUCGCUAACGUGCAUGUUUUUCUUCCUCAUAUCUGUUAUCUAUAAGAAGUUUGUUAUUGCGUGUUCAUUAGAACACUCCAGCAUCAGCACCAAACCCACUUCUAUGCCUCAGCUUAUCACUACAGGCACCCGUGAUGAGUACAUACACAACAGCACCUGUAAGGCAGAACUCAUCACCCUCACACCACAGGCUGCGUAUACCAUUCCUAUUCUGGCUUUCGCUUUUGUGUGUCACCCUGAAGUGCUGCCCAUAUACACGGAACUGAAAAAUCCAACUAAGAAGCGCAUGCAGAAUGUGGCUAACAUCUCCAUCCUGGCCAUGUUCAUCAUGUACCUACUAACUGCCAUCUUUGGCUACCUCACUUUCUAUGAUAUGGUAAAUGAUGAACUCCUGAAAAGUUACUCCACCGAUGACAAACUGAUGCUGUGUGUGCGCCUGGCUGUGCUGGUUGCUGUCACUCUCACUGUGCCUGUCGUUCUCUUCCCGAUCCGCCGUGCUGUUCAGCAGCUGCUGUUCCCUGAUAAACCGUUCCACUGGUUACGUCACAUCGCCAUCGCUGUUAUUCUCCUCAUCUUGGUCAACAUCCUUGUCAUCUUUGUCCCCGACAUCAGAGAUAUCUUUGGUGUCAUCGGAGCCACAUCAGCACCCAGUCUUAUUUUCAUUCUGCCUGGAAUAUUUUACAUCCGCAUCAUACCUGAAGAACAGGAACCACUGAAAUCUCGACCAAAGAUCCAGGCAGCAAUGUUUGCAGCAUUGGGCUUCAUGUUCAUGGUGAUGAGCAUUACCUCCAUCAUCAUCCAGUGGGUGACCGGGGGCCGUCGUGUGGGAGGACACUAACAGGCAUUAAGACAGCAGUAAGCAGUGCAGCGAAGAUGCACACACAAGCACACACUUUCCAUCACUUACCAUCAAACAACGUGGACCUCGAAAACCGAGGGCGCUACAGCCCACAGCAACAACUGUGAGACAUCGCUGUGAAGCAUGCUCUCUGAAGACUUUACACAAGACUCGUGUCAUCUUUUUAUAUAAGUAUCCCAGAAUCUACCACCAUUAUAAAUACUGGACCAGAUGGAUGGAUGGAUGGAUGGAUAGAUGACAGCAGAACAAACAUCAUACAUUCAGCAGUUCUCAGAUUUUUUUCAGUAUCAGUUUAAUUUCAGCUCAUCAUAGGAUUUUAUUGGAACUGUGAACAGAAACCUACUGAUAAGCUCUCCAACACUGCGACACCCUGACAGUAAACUUUUUCUUCUUAACCAAUUUAUGCUCAUACUGGAAUAUUUGUACUGUAGUUAUGGUCUAUAAGACUUAUUUUCUGAGACUUUUACACAUAUUUACAAAAUUCCAAAGACCAAAGACAAACUAAAGACCAUAUUACAACCAAAAAAGAAAACUACACAGUGUUGAAAUAAAAUUGAGCUGAAAGGUUUAAACUAAAAUAAUAUAAGUAGUUAAACGAUUAAUAAAAAGGGCUUUGGGGGGAGAAUGACCAAAAAUGUAACAUAUAUAACAUGAGAGCUAAUACAAAAUCUAAAAUAUUGCUUACAUCGGAUAUGUUCUGUUAUGUUUUACAUCACAGCAGGAUGUUUAAAGAGCAAAUUAUGAGGUCAUUUUUUGUUGUAAAUUAUUGCACAAAGAUAGUUCUGUGUGUGUUUUUUCAGUACAUCUUAAUGCACAGAAAGGCUGCAAAUCUUUUAAAAAGCUGAGUUUAAUUUACUUCCAGUACAUGCAGAUGCAUUUUCAUGACUAUUUACAUAAAAUUAAGUACGGAAAAAAAAAAAAAAGUUACACUAAUUUCUGUAAAUGCUGGUUCUCUUCUCAGAUUACUCAUAUUGAUUACUCACACAGAAAACUCCUACUCCUACUCUUUACACCAUCAUUUCUGUCUUUGCCUGUAGUUUUACUCAUUUUUACUUUAAUGCACAUUCCUCUUCCUCUUGUUUGAGGUUUUCUCACCUGCUUUGUGAUAAAAAAGUUGUACCUCUCACCUGUGUAGGUUUAAAAGUCAGCCCUGGUGCAUGGGGAAAGUUAGGUAAUGCUUUAUGUUGAUGACACUUGACCACAAUAUAUAUGAUAUAUAUAGAUGUAUAUGAUAUAUAUCAGAUGUUCACAUUUAGUCUGCUAUAUAUAAUAGAACAUUUCUGAAACAUUUCCUUUUUUUUCACAUGCAGAAAGAAGUUACAUUUCAAAAUCUGGUUACCCCAAAAGUUAAAAUGUAAAGAAAACCAAGAAUCGCAGACAUUUUGACAGCCGAAAGCUGAUUAGAAAAUGAACUGAUUAGGGUUAUAUUUCAGUCAGAUAGCAUGUAACUCCCCAGCAGCUUCAUCACUCAGUGUGUCAAGAACAAUCCUCACAAUCCUUACCCUCUAUGAACUUUGACAGAAGAAAAUAAAUGUUAGCUUUUCCAAGUAAAUUUUUGAUGAAAUAUAUCUUGUUUUGUAAAUCUUUUGUAAAGAAGUAAAGUCAGAUUUCUGCUGCAGUGAUAUCGAACAGGGUUUCCUAAACCACCACACCGAUGACUUCUGACGUAUUACACUCCUGUAACAAAAAACUGUGCACUUUUAUUUGUCAGCUUCUGGUUAUUUUGUCAACAAACACUGAAUGUUCAUGUCUUCAUGCAUGUUUAGUUCUUUUCUGUAACCAGUUUAGAAAGUGCUGUGUACUGUAGGUCAUGUGAGCAGUAUUGACCCGUUCAAUCAAAAGUGUUGCCAAAUGUUAUAAAGUCUGCACCUACAAAAAAAAUUUUUUUAUAUAAAUUUUGUAUAAAUUUAUAACAUGGACCAAACAUUUGAUGCAGGAAAUUGUGUACAAAAUAUGAAAAUAAACAUAAGUUAUUUGUUGUUUGUAAAUA